GCAAUUCACUUUGGAUUUUCUAAUAUCCCUUUUCUGAGAAGAAUGGCAGACUAUUGAACAGGUGUAUUUUAGGUCAUGUGGGGACUGCAUCCACCUGAAAAUCCACUGUUGACUUACCAGGAAACUCAGAGAUCAGGAUCUUUAACAGAGUAGUCUUUUAAGAAGACUCAGUUGUCAACAGCUAGCAGUCUCUUUGCCAAAUAAUUAUAUCUGUGACUUCUGAAACUAUCUGGCUGCCUAAACUUAAAGGACUUGGGAAAGUCCUUCCACUGCUCUUCUGCAGUGGUGUCACACCACUCAGUGCAGGGCCCACUGAGAAGAACGCAGUGUCAGGAUCCACAUGGCACUAUGGUAACUUUCUGAAAGGGGACAUUUUCUCCCUCUGAACUUAUCUUCAUAAAGUCAUUGUGCUUCCUCUUGGGGAUCACCUGUUCAGUCUCAAUGGGCUUUGAUGUGCUCCUGGAUCAAGUGGGUGGCAUGGGGAGAUUCCAGAUUUGUCUGAUAGCUUUCUUUUGCAUCACCAACAUCCUACUGUUCCCUAAUAUUGUGUUAGAGAACUUCACUGCAUUCACCCCUGGUCAUCGCUGCUGGGUCCCCCUCCUGGACAAUGACACUGUGUCUGACAAUGAUACUGGGACCCUCAGCAAGGAUGACCUCCUGAGAAUCUCCAUCCCACUGGACUCAAACCUGAGGCCACAGAAAUGUCAGCGCUUUAUCCAUCCCCAGUGGCAGCUCCUACACCUGAAUGGGACCUUCCCCAACACAAAUGAGACAGACACGGAGCCCUGUGUGGAUGGCUGGGUGUAUGACAGAAGCUCUUUCCUCUCCACCAUAGUGACUGAGUGGGACCUUGUAUGUGAAUCUCAGUCACUAAAAUCAAUGGUUCAAUCCCUAUUUAUGGCUGGGUCACUGCUGGGAGGUCUAAUAUAUGGCCAUCUUUCAGACAGGGUUGGACGGAAGAUCAUAUGCAAAUUGUGUUUCCUCCAGUUGGCCAUCUCUAACACCUGUGCAGCCUUCGCUCCCACCUUCCUUGUUUACUGCAUACUGCGCUUCUUGGCAGGGUUCUCCACCAUGACUAUUUUGGGAAACACUUUUAUUCUCAGCUUAGAGUGGACAUUGCCCCAGUCGCGAUCUAUGGCAAUAAUGGUGCUAUUAUGUUCCUACAGUGUUGGGCAGAUGCUCCUAGGAGGGCUGGCUUUUGCCAUUCAGGACUGGCGUGUAUUGCAACUGACUGUGUCUACACCCAUAAUUGUCCUCUUCUUGUCCUCUUGGAAGAUGGUGGAGUCUGCUCGGUGGCUGAUUAUCAACAAUCAGCUAGAUGAGGGCUUAAAGGAGCUUAGAAGAGUUGCACACACAAAUGGAAAAAAGAAUACUGAAGAGACACUGACCGCUGAGAUUGUGAGAUCCACCAUGAAGAAGGAGUUGGAUGCAGUCCAAAUUAAAACAUCAGUUUUUUCCCUGUUCCAUGCACCCAAAUUGCGAAUGAGAGUCUUCGGCCUGUGCUUUGUGAGAUUCGCAAUCACUGUACCCUUUUAUGGCCUGAUACUCAACUUGCAGCACUGGGGGAGCAAUGUCUCCCUGUUCCAGGUUCUCUGUGGAGCUGUCACACUCACAGCCAGAUGUGUUUCCCUUUUGACACUGAAUCAUAUGGGUCGUCGAAUAAGCCAGAUGUUGUUCACGUUCCCGGUGGGACUUUUCAUUCUGGUCAACACCUUUUUGCCCCAAGAAAUGCAGAUCCUGCGUGUGGUUUUAGCAACUUUGGGAAUUGGUAGUGUUUCUGCUGCUAGCAACAGUGCUUCUGUCCACCACAAUGAGCUCGUCCCCACCAUAUUGAGGUCAACAAUUGCAGGAAUCAAUGCAGUGUCCGGUAGGACUGGGGCAGCACUGGCUCCUCUGUUGAUGACCUUAAUGGCAUAUUCUCCCCACCUGCCCUGGAUUUCCUAUGGAGUCUUCCCCAUCCUUGCUGUCCCUGUUAUCCUCCUCCUUCCAGAAACCAGGGAUCUACCUCUUCCUAACACCAUCCAGGAUGUGGAAAAUGACAGAAAAGAUUCAAGAAACGUAAAGCAGGAAGAUACUUGCAUGAAAGUAACACAGUUUUAAGAGAUUCCCAAGACCUGAUCCAAAGAAGAGCAAAAUGGGUGGGAGGAAUCAAGAUUAUGCCUUUAUAUCUGCAAAACUAGCCAAAAAUAUAAUGUGCAGACAGGUGCCAUUUAUAAUUAUGGUACUACAUGUAUCAGUAAUUCCAAAAUACCUUAUAAGUUUAAGUGAUUCCAUGAAAUAAUGAUUUGCUUCUGGGAAGAAGUUGCACAGCUAGUUUCAAAUUCAUCCCAAAAUCACUAACAGCCAAGAUGAUUCAGGAAAAAGAGUAUCAUGGAGUGACGAUCAGGCUGACUCAUAUAUGGUAAAGCACAUGCUGGACUUUUUAUAAAACUAUAAUCAACAAAACAGUAAUAGCAAAUGCAUUAUAAUUUGUUUGCACUAACACACCGUAAUGACUCUAGAAACAUGCCCAAGUAUAUUUAGAAUCUUCAAAAAAAAUCAUGAAAAUGCAUAUUAUGAGUAAACUAUGCAUGGAGUUCAAAUUUUUGUGCCAAAAUAAAUUUGUACUAAUUUUUUAUAACAUGGCUGAACAGGAUAUAUUUUGAAGCACUAAGAAGGAUAAGAUGUUUGUUUGAAAAAAGCUGUUAUCCAAGGAACAUGAAUUCUGCUGAAACAGAAGCAAGAACAAACAUCAAAUUUAUGGUGAAACUUAGGUGGAAGAAUGGUGAAAUCAUUGAGACUUUACAAAAAGUUUAUUGGGACAAUGCUCCAGAGAAAUUAGUAGUUUACAAAUGGAUAAUGCAUUUUAAAAAGAGAUGAGACAAUGUUGCAGAUGAAUUCCUUGGCAGCAGAACAUCCACAUCAAUUUGCAAGGAAAAAAAAUUUAUCUUGUUGGUUUCUGACAUGGUUUGGCUGUGUCCCCACCCAAAUCUCAUCUUGAAUUGUAGCUCCCAUAAUUCCCAUGUGUUGUGGAAGGGACCCAGUGGGAGAUAAUUAAAUCAUGGGGUCAGUUUCCCUCAUACUGUUCUUGUGGUAGUAAGUCUCACAAGAUCUGACGGUUUUAUAACAGGUUUCCCUUUUCACUCGGUUCUCAUUCUCUUCUUGCCUGCUGCGACGUAAGACAUGACUUUGCUCCUCUUUCACCUUCUGCCAUAAUUGUGAGACCUUCCCAGCCAUGUGGAACUGUGAAUC